AUGCAAGAACAUAUGGUGACACCACUGGUGGAAACGUGCAGCAGCAAGUCCUGGGUGGGACUGAAACUGGAGCUGCUGGAGGCCAGGGCUGAGAUCCACCGGGAGUCAGGGACAUCUCUGUCACCAGCUGCUGCCUCUGAGCAAGACUUCUACGUGGACCAUGAGCUCAAGUUAUGGAAAGGCUCCGGUGAGGCACCGGCAGCAGCCCCUGGCCCCAGCGAGGAGCCACCGUGGGCAUCCGAAAUAGUGAAGAAGGUGCAGGACUUCUUCAGGGAGCAGGACAAGGACCAGGAAGGGUUUGUCACCCGCUCGGACAUGAAGAAAUUGCAGGAGGAGGAUUUCCCGUGCAGCAUGGAGGAGCUGGAGCUCGUCUUCGAUGGGCUGGAUGCUGCCGGCACCGGGCGGUUAAGCACUGAGGAGUUCACUGCCGGGCUCUGUAAGUGCCGGGACGCUGCUUCCAAGCAGCCCGGGCUGAUCCUGGACACGGCCCUGGUGCUUUCCCAGGGGGGAACUGAAACUCUUCCACGGCAGUUCCUGAACUCCCAAAAAGCUGCCAGGGACCACCGCCGGCGGAAAACAGCAUCCCGGAGGGUCCGCUUGGUCCUGCCCAGCCCAACGUUGGAGGGGGCAGACAGCGAGGAGCGGAGACACUUUGCUGCCUUCAUGGACCAACUGGGCACGGACAACAUCUCUGAAGAACAGGAGAUCUGGCAGCUCUGGGUGAAGCUCCGGCAGGAUGAACCCCAGCUCCUGGGCAACCUGGAGGACUUUCUAGCCAAGAUGAGGCACCGCAUCCAAGAAGCCAGGAGUAAGAAGGAGGCUUUGGAGGUGACUCUCAACAAGCGUGUGGCUGAGCAUGACAAGGACGUGCAGCAGCUCUGCGAGGCCCUGGAGCAGCAGAUCGAGCAGGAGCAGCAGCGGCUGCACGUGGCCCGGAGCCACCAGCACAGCGUGGAGCUGCAGCGAGCGCUGGAUGCCAGCGAGAGGGAGGUGCAGCGUUUGGUCACGGCGCAGAUGGAGCUGGAGAUGCGGUGCCGCAGCCUCCGCAGCACGCAACAAGCCGCCAGCACCGAAAACCGGCAGCUGGAGGAGAGCAACCGGGUGCUGGAGGACCGCCUGCAGCACCUCCACCAGCAGCUCCAGCAGACCCACAGGCGCCUGCAGACAGCGAGGGCCGCGACGGUUUGGGAGCACAUGGAGGAGUCCGGGGACAGAGCGGGGGCAGAGCUGCCCGGCGAGACACCCCUGUCGCCACAGAUGAGUCCGGGGAAGAGUGAGAAGCACCUCUUGGAGAUGCAGAUCGGGCUCAGGUCCCAGAGCAGCGAGCCCAAGGCCAAGAGCAUCCACCAAGUGGUUUGGGAAAUGCCGCCUGCAGAAAUCAACCUUUUGGGACCCCCACCGAGAGCGAGCUCUGAGGAAGAGGACCCCUUCCCAGAAUUUCUGAAAGAGGAACACUUUUCCGACCAAAGCUCUUUGCUAAGAGAGAUGAAUGAUGCAAUAGCGGCUCUGAGCAAACAGCUGAAGCCACAGGCACCGAGUGUACCCCCAGAUGCUGCCCAUCACCCCCAGGACGAUGCUGAGCCCCAGAUGGGGCCGGAGGCAGCCGCAGCCCAUGGCACAACCCCCGGGGUCCUGCAAGAGACCCUUCCCGGCCACAUCGGUCACAAGCUGGUUGAAGGAGACCUGAAAGAGGGACCGGCCACGGCUGAGCUUCGUGCUCCAGAUGUGACACAGGCUGGUGCUGCUGUGGGAGCUGGGCACCACAGGGCUCAGGAACCAGGGGCGGAGCAGGGAGAGAGCCCGGAGGAGGCACGGAGGAUGUUAUUCCUGCAGGGAAAGGGUGCCGGUGUGAAGGAGCUGAUGCUAAAGGCGGCUGAGCAUCCGCAAGGAGCACCGGGAGAGAGCACGGAGGCAGGAGAGCAGGCGCUGAUGGAGGUGGAGGGAGAAGGAUGGAUGCAGGAAAAAACGGGUUGGGAAAAAGCACAGCCCCCAGGAGAAGCCGAGGAAGCGGCAUUAAGGCAGGGAGAAAAUCUGGAGGCAGGUCUGGGGCCGCCUGAGGCUGGGGACACGGGGCUAGCAGCGGGAUGGCAGCUUGCCACGGGUGAGCCUGGCCCGGCUGCCGUGCCGGGAGGGUGCCCACAGCCCCUGGGCGCAGGUCUGGGGGAAGAGGCUGACCCACCAUGGGGGCUCUCCGAGGAACUUGAGAUAAAGCCUGGAGAGUGCCUGGAGCCAGAGCCACCAUCCCGGGGUGAGGCACGAAUGGGAGCAGCCCAGGGUGAUGGUGACAGUCACCCCGAGGUGACAGUGGCUCCUGGCCCCACGGUGCUGGAGGAAGAGCACAUCGUUAGGGCCCAGGCACUGGAACUGGUGGAGUCAGAGGACUUCGAGGCAGAUGUGCAGCUGUGCGGGGGUGCCAGUCUUGAAACACCCCAGGGAGGGGGGGACAAUGCAGUCACGCAGCUCGUGGAGGAUAGUGAGGAGGGGGCACAAGGACAAAAUGAGCGUGAGCUGACACAGGAGCUUGUGCUUCACCCCCACGGAGUGACCAUCGGGCCGGGAGCGGGGGCUGGUGCAGGGGUGCAGCCACGGGAGGAGGCUGAAAGCCUGGGUGUGCUGGAGGAGCAGAGCACUGCUGCAAUGGCAGAGGUUGAUGAGCUCAAACUGACCCCAGGAGGGAGCACAGAGGCACAUCUGCAGCUCUCAAGUGAUGUCACCUCCCCAGGGACAGAGCAGGGAGGGACCCUGGAUCCAGAUGUUGAACCCCUGGAUCAGGUUGAUAAACCUGAGUUAGUGGAAAUGGUGGAGGCAGAGGACUUCCAGGCAGACAGGCAGCUGUGUGAGCAUCCCAGCCAAGGUACACCCCAGGGAGGGGAGGACAAUGCAGCCACACAGCGUGGGGAUGAGGAUGAGGAUGGGGCACAGGGGCAGGGUGAGCGUGAGCUGCCACACGAGCCUGUGCUUGAUCCGCAGGGAACGGGAAUUGGGCAGGGAGCGGGGGCUGAUGCAGGGGUGCAGCCAUGGGAGGAGGCUGAAAGCCUGGGUGUGCUGGAGGAGCAGAGCACUGCUGCAGAUGUGCAGCUAAUGGUGGAGGUUGACGAGCGCAAACUGACCCCAGGAGGGAGCACAGAGGCAGUACUGCAGCCCCUGAGCGCGGCUGGCUCCCCGGGGACAGGGCACGGAGCGAGCAUGGAUCCAGAUGCUGAACCCCUGGAUCAGGUUGAUGAACUCGAGUUAGUGGAAAUGGAGGCAGAGGACACACAGCUGUGUGAGCAUCUCAGCCAAGAAACCCUCCAGGAAUGGGGGGACAAUGCAGUCACGAAGCUCAUGGAGGACAGUGAGGAGGGGGCACAAGGACACGCCAAGCUCGUGUUGUAUCCUGAGCGUCCCGCUGCUGCUGAGGGUCCUGGUGUGGAAGCAAAGCUGGGAGCACUCACUGGUCCUGAUGAGCAGAUCCUAGAGGAUACCCAGCCACUGGAUUUACCACAGGGAGAGAGGGCUGCUGUAGAAGGGAGACCUCUGGAUGGAGCUCAAGGUCUGGAAGUGGUGCAGGGAGAGAUGCUGGAGGAAGGGGCCAGGAGUUUAGUCGAAGCUCAGAGUCUUGGGCUAAAGCAGGGCCAUGAUGAUGGGGCGUCUGCACUGGCCUCCCCGGUCUCCGAGGUGCCGUUACAAAUCAGCACGCUAAAGCUGGAAACGAUGAUGCAGGAGGAUGUUCUCGUUCCAGAUGUGCGGCGACUAGGCGCUUCGGGACAGGCAGCCCAAAGCGAGCUUCAGGAGCAGGUCUCAGCACAGGCAGUUAAGGUGAGGCUUCACACUGCUUCCCAACCGCCGGAGGACAAGCCACCGCAUGUGAUGGAAACAGAGCAGGUAGCUGCUGGACCUUCUGAGCCUCCACAACAAGAGGUGCCACCAGUGUCAACCCUUCAGACAAGGGUCCAACAGGAGAAAGAUGCUGGGAAUGAUCAGUUGGGGGUGGUCCUCGAAGACAGCUCACUGGGGGAUGCAGCCAACAGCAGCACGCAGCCUCAAAGGCAGCUCUUGGGAGAACAGAGAGAAGACCUCACUGUUGGUCAACAGGAGAAGCAGCAAGAGGUUGGGCAGAAAACAACCCAGAAAGGUGAGCCCAGCCCAGGAGAGCCAGGGACUGUGACUGCAGGUGGGGCAGGACCUGUCCCAAGGGGAUCUGCUGAAGCCUGCCUGGACCCAGACCACGUCUACAACGUGCUGUUUGUUGGGAACUCCCACGUGGGCAAAACAUCAUUCCUGUACCGGUUGCACGCCAACACCUUCAACCCACACCUCACCACCACAGUAGGGCUGGAUUAUCAGGUCACAACGCUCGUCGUGGACAACAAGUGCUUUGCUCUCCGUCUGUGGGACUCGGCUGGUACGGAAAGGUACCACAGCAUCGCCAAGCAGUUCUUCCGGAAGGCGGACGGGGUCGUGCUGAUGUACGAUAUCACGUCGGAGCACUCCUUCUCGGAUGUGUGGUACUGGCUGAGCUGCAUCCAGGAAGGAGCAAAAGACAGAGUUGCUAUUCUGCUUCUUGGGAACAAAACCGACUGCGCUGCAGAGAGACAGGUCCCCACCAAGGAGGGGGAACGCUUGGCCAAGGAGCAUCAGCUCAUGUUUUACGAAUGCAGUGCUGCCUCAGGCCACAACGUCUCCGAGUCCAUGGUCGGCUUGAUCAGGUUGCUCAAAGUUCAUGAAGAUGAAUUAAAAACUGAGGCAGAAGAGGUACCAAAGCCACCCCAGAAGAAAAAGGGCUGCUGCUAG